AGAUUUUGUUUUAUGAAGGCCUAACUUAACCCCUUCAUUGUACGGGGCGGCCUCAGCGCAUUCAAAAAAAGCCUAACAUCACGCUGCUCAGCGACUCAUGGUGCCUUGCUGGGAUUGCCAUGGAAACCACGUUGAAAACCUUCCGGGGUAACUGCCACUGUGGCGCGAAUCGAUAUCAGAUCCAACUAGCAGACUAUCCGUCCUUAGUGAUAUGCGACUGUUCGCUGUGCACAAAAAAGGGACACGUCUGGAUUUACGAUGCCGAGGACAGCUUAAAAGUCACAAAGGGAUGUUCUCGCGAAACGUUAACAACUUACACCGGAUCGGAUUCCGAGGCCUUGAAGCAUGAGUUCUGCAAUGUCUGCGGCACCGCCCUAUUCGGAACACACACUUCUGGCGUUCAAGUUGGGAAGAAAGGCAUAAACUUUCGGGUGAUUGUCUCUGAUUUGCAGGAUGUAUUCAUCAAGGGAAGAAGCGUCGUGACUAUUGGAGCCCCAGAUGAGUACUUGCCGUAUCCAGGCUCUCUGAGCUUCAUUGAAAAGGCAUCUACAACAGCACCGAUUGAGUUCCGCGGUUCGCUGCCCGACGUUCCUGGAGAUGACCUCACACUCUACACCGGAGGCUGCGACUGCGGUGCCAUUCAGGUCGCGCUCAUGAGCAAGUCGCCUUCUGAAGUUGAGACCAAAGAAGACAACUGCAGCAUCUGCGUCCGUAAUGGCUUUAUUGGCGUGUAUCCUCAUCAGUCUCACGUGGGUAUUGUCGGCAAAGACCACACGCAAGACUACCAAUUUGGUCGCAAAUUCAAUGGGUCGCCCUUUUGUCGCACCUGUGGCGUACACUGCUUUGGCAACCUGUAUGGGCCGCCAAAAGAGCUGGUGGCUAAACUCCCUGCGGCAAGACAGGAGUUUGUGCAAAAGCAACUCGAGGUUCAGCCGUUGAAUGUUCGAGUUCUUGGAGGUAUCGAGUGGCACAAUGUCAAUGUGACAUGGAGCAAUGACGGGACGGAAGGCUAUGGCCUGUCUGAUUGAGGGAAUCACUUUUCUUGCGCCUUCAUCAUUGUUGUCUGUUUUUGAUAGUUACC